AUGAUGAGAACGCUCUCUCAGACAUUUCGCUCCGUCAAACGCCCAAUUACAAAUCCUAAAUUGUCCAAAACGUCUACAAAAUCAGAACUCAAAACCAACGCGAAGCCAAAAUCAGAACUCAAAACCAACGCGAAACCAAAAUCAGAACUCAAAACCAACGCGAAACCAAAAUCAGACUCAUGGUGUGUUUAUCUCAUUCUCUCCACAAACCUCCCAAUCAAAACCUACGUUGGCGUCACAACCAAUUUCCCUCGCCGUUUAAGACAGCAUAAUGGUGAACUUAAAGGUGGUGCAAAAGCUUCCCGUGCUGGAAGGCCAUGGAUUUGUGCAUGUAUUGUUUGUGGCUUUACAGACCGAAGUGAAGCUUGUGUAUUUGAAUCAAUAUGGAAAGCUUUGACGAGGAGACUUCCACGCAAAAAUCAAACUGGCGAACCCUCCAAGCAAAGCGAAGAUCCGUCACGCCCACUGCUGCAACACAGACAAGCAGCUUUAAAUAGAGUAAAAACCUCACUUGACUGCACAAACUUAGAAAUUAAUUGGCAUUUGGAUCCACUGUGA